CCCUACCACAUGCGAUGCUAUUACUAUUAGUAUUACCUCACUCUCUCCGUCCUUCCUUAAUCUCCACCCUUUCCAUUACCCCUCCGCGCACCGUUUCACGAUGCCGAGGCGGGUCCAGAUCGAAGAUCCCAAAUACGACGACGUUCCGGAGGAAACGCUGCGUUUCAAAUCCUCCGGCAGCAACGUCUCCGACGACCAAGAGCCCUUCAUGGGCGUCAAGGUCCGCCGCAAGGCCUCUCUCCACCGCGACUACAACGGCGACUACCUCAACGUCCCUUCACACCCCUUCCUAAUGAAGAUUCUACACAAACAAGAGUCUAAUUCCGUUACAGGGGAUAACGAGGUUCUGUUCGCGGAUAGGGUUAUGAAGUUCACGGGCUCGGGGAAGAUGAAACGCUGCGUUUUGAUGGUAACCGAUUUCGCGAUUUACGUUGUGGACCCUGAGGUGGACGCGCUUAAGCGGAGGAUAGCGCUUGCGGCGGUUGAGAGGGUUUGUCUGAGUGAACUCAGUGAUAACUUCUUCGCGGUGGUGAUUCCUUCGGAGUAUGAUUUGCUUAUGGCUAGCACGCGCAAGACGGAGAUUGUUACGGUGUUGGUUGAAGCUACCAAGUCCAAGAGCGCGUCUGGCUUUGAACUCGAUGUCGUUUUCUCCAACAGGUUUGAGUAUAAUGCCGCAUCUGACUUGGUAAAGGAAGUUCAGUUUGAGGAAGUUGAAGGGGGUGUCAAAACAAGAAUUUUGAGGAAGUGAAUUAUGGUCGACAAUUUUCAAGAGCUUUCUGUAAUCUGUAAACUAUGCAAGAGAUACAUACACCUCAAUGAUUUUUUUGAGUGAUAGUGUGGAAUGUGUUCUUCCGAUAAUAGGUUUUCCUUUUAAGGUGAAUUCAUCUGUAAUUAUGAUGUCAUAAAUUUCAAGAGAAAAAGAUGAAAGAUAUGCAUGAUGUAUGCUUUCAACUUGAAAAUAGAAACGAGAUUUAUGUACUGGAUUUAUCAAUAUCAAAUGUGAUUAUAUCAAUUUCUUGGAACAAA